AUGCUGACAGCUCCCGCUGCCAGCACUGUGUACAUCAGCACUCCGCCCAACAACUGCAGCGCCUACGACGAAAACGACGUGGACACGUCUGCCUGCUUGGCGAACAAGAUCAACGAAGGCGGUCUGGGAAUCCUGGUAAUCGACCAGCACGUUAGCUUCGACCCUGGAGGCUCGCUCGCCAUUGCAACUGCCAACGACGACGCUGCUCGUAUCGCCGCCUUCAUCUCCAACCACACGUCUGAGCUGGACCAAGUCGUGCUCACGAUGGACUCGCAUCAGCGCUAUCACAUCGCGCACGGAAUUUUCUGGCAGAACGCUACGGGCGACUCGCCCGAGCCGUACACGACCAUCUACUCGCAUAACAUCUCGGACGGCGUGUGGACGCCGCGCGACGCAAGUCUACACGACUACGUGCUGGCGUACACGGAGUCGCUGGAGGCCAGCGGCAAGUUCUCGCUCACGAUCUGGCCCGAGCACUGCCUCAUCGGCUCGCACGGCCACAACAUUGUAACGGAUGUGCUGGACGCCGCCCUGGAGUGGACCAAGGAGUCUCUCAAGCCGAUCCAGUACGUCAUGAAGGGCAGCAACCCGUUCACCGAGCACUACUCUGCGCUGAGGGCGGAGUACGAGCUGCCCUACGACCCAUCCACGAGCCUCAACACGGAGCUCAUGAAGACGCUGCAGCGCUCGAGCAAGCUUGUGGUCGUGGGCGAGGCGCUCUCGCACUGCGUGAACUUCACCGUGCGCGACCUUGUGAAGUCGUGGCCCGCUGACCGACUGAGCGACCUCGUCAUCCUCACGGACUGCUCGUCGCCCGUGGCCGGGUAUGAAGCGGAAGCAGAGCAAUUCCUGGGCGACAUGACAGCCCUCGGCCUCACGUUAACGACGUCCACCGAGUUUUACGUGUAG